GGUGAUGGCAGGGUGAAUGUAAGUCACAAUCAAAAUAAUGCAUUUCUCUUGUGAUUCAGGGACUUAUUGAAUCAGUCGUUCUUUAUCUCCCUGUACUGCAGCCUUGCCCUUCCUUCCUUUGUCUUUCUCUCCUUUCAGCCGAUUGUUUACUUGGGCCGUCGAACUAUAUACAGAAUCCUCAGUAUGAGGCUCAUCCGCUCACUUACGACCACUUUCUUCCUCACGUUGACAUCGACUGUGUUAGCAGAUAUUGAGUUCACCGUGCCAAAUUCAACGACGACUUUGAAAGGUGGCGAUGUGGUAACGGCAAUGUGGAAAGACUCUGGGAAAGCCCCCAGGAUCUCUGAACUGGUGCAAUAUGAUCUCUUUCUCUGCGCUGGAGGCGACGAUCCGGCUAUCUAUGAGGAUGUAGCUCUCCUCAUGCAAGACGUUGCCUUGGCUCGCGGUAAUUCAGUCUCCUUCGCUAUCGACCCUAAAUUCGGUGGAAACGACACAAAUGCAUACUUCCUAAAGAUGGUUGCCUCAGGACCCGAUGCAUUCGUCGUCAACUUCUCAGAACGAUUCACACUGACCGAUAUGACCGGGUCAUUUCCGCCGCGUCUCCAGGCUACCAAGUCCGAUUUCAGCACAGAUACAGAAGACAUUUUACAGAAAAGACGAGUCGUCGUGGACCCAUUCACCGUCCCUUAUUCAUUGCAAACCGGUCCGACGAGAUACGCGCCUAUGGCCAAAAGGCCCGGGACCGCAAUCGCAACGACCUCGCCAGUGCCCCAGUAUCCGGCUAGUCCUUACAAUAUUGCUACGCAUUACCUGGAGCCGGCUACAGUCUUGACUACGCUGACGGCUACUGACACUCGAACUCUCAUUGAUAUGGAGAAUACUGCUGCCCCUGCGCCAAAUCCUCAUGACCAUGACCAUCUAAUGAAACGAUAGUUGGAGAGACAUGGAGGGAUUGACUUGUUUUGAUACAGAAUUGUACUGCUAGUAGCUUGGCCCCGGGGGGGACCUUUCGCUUUUUUAUUUAUGUGGAAUGCUGGCUCAAUUACCUAGUUUCUCUGGCGUUUAGGUUCCCUGUGAACAUUGAUUUUUAGUAACCUCAGCGGUUGCGUUGUAACUGGAAUCAGAUGUCUUAAAAGUCUCUCAUCUUCAGUCUAUAUA